AAAUGUCGUUCAAAGUACGUUCAGUCUUCACAAGGUCUGGAAUUGUCGGUGAUUUGUUUAAUUGUAUUUUAUGCAAUAAAGAAAUCAAAAACAGUACUGUACAAGGAUAUUAAAAUUCAUCAACAUGGAACGAUAUAUUUUCAGUAUUUUCAUGCUGUAUUUAAAGAUCGCUAGAGUUCAGUUGCUGAACUUCCAAAACAUCACGAUGAAUAAUGUGACCAAGAAGGAGGGUGAAAGUGCCAUAUUUGUUUGCAAACAAACAGGAAAUAAUACUGACUACAAAUGGUAUAAAAAUGAAAAAGAAAUUUUAGGCGAUGACAGGCGCGUCACCAUAUCAAAUACUGAGCAAGAAGGGAAACUAUCCAUCGAUGGCUUAAAAUUGCUAGACAUCGGCUGGUAUGCAUGUGAAAGGGAAAGCAAAAUUCAAACAAAAUGGUUUCUUUCGGUGAACACAG